UUGCCAGAUACAGCAUAAGGGAUAUUAUGCUAGGGCUUAUACCAGCCAUUAGUUCUGAUUACUGGGGAGCUUUUGAGGCGCAAAAUGGCCGUGAUGAUUGGAAUCGCUUUUAGAGUUUCUUGGCUUUGUUGCCUGCUAAUUGUCGGGAUAACCUGUUCUACAUCAAGUGAUGGGUAUCCUGCACCAGGUUCUGAUGCAGCAUGGCUCUAUACAGGCCCACUUAGGUCUAAAGGAUAUGGUAAUUACAACUCUCCAACAGCUCAAUUGCAAGCGCAGCUGACCGAAGAGCAACAGAAACAUCUGGCAGCCAUCCUGCAAAAGCAACUGGCCCCCAUGCCCCAGGCACCUCAGAAAAUGUGGUAUCCAACUCAAAUGCCCCAGCAGGAAAAGCAACCGGCCGCCAUGAGCCAACAGCAGACGCUACCGGCCAGUUAUCCUAAGCAGCCUCAAGCAAUGUUUUAUCCAGCUCAAAUACCCCAGAAGCAACCAGUUACUGAACUUCAGCAUCAGAAGGAACAGGCCUCCAUACCCCAGCUACCUCAGCAAGUGUGGUACCCAGUUCAAAUUCCUCAGCAGCAAAAGCAACCAGCUACUGGUCCUCAGCAGCAGACCGAACUGACCACCAUGCCCCAGAAGCAACCGGCUCCAAUGCCUAUACCGCAGAAACGACCAACAGCUAUGCCCCAGAAAGCAUGGUAUCCAGCUCAAAUGCAGCAGAAGCAACCGGCCACCAUGCAGCAGCAAGUGUGGCAUCCAGCUCAAUUGCCCCAGCAGCAAAAGCAACCGGCUACUGAACCUCAGCAGCAGAAGGAACCGGCCUCCAUAACCCAGCAACCUCAGCAAGUGUUGCAUCCAGCUCAAAUGCUGCUGAAGCAACUGACUGCCAUGCCCCAGCAAGUGUGGUAUCCAGCUAAGCCCCAGAAGCAACUGGCCGCUGAUCCUCAGGAGCAGAUUGAACUGACCGCCAUGCCCCAGCAAGCAUGGUAUCCAGCUCAAAUGCCCCAGAAGCAACCAACCGCUGAACCUCAGUGGCAUCCAGCCAAAUUUCCCCAGGAGCAACCCGUCCCUAUGCGUCAACUGCAGACGGAACUGACCUCCAUUCCACCACAACUGUGGCAAUCCGCUCAAAUUCCCCAGCAGCAUAAGCAACCGGCUGCCAAGCUUCAGCAAGUGUGGCAACUGGCCCCCAUUCCCCAGCAGCCUCAUGACGUGUGGUAUCCAGCUAAAAUGGUCCAGAAGCAACAAGCAGCAUCAACUCGGCAGCAGAAGGAACUGACCACCAUGCCUCAAGAGUGGCAUCCAGCUCAAUUUCCCCAGCAGCAGAAGCAACCAGCCCUAAUGCUUUCACCGCAGAAGGAACUGACCGCCAUACACCAGCAACCUCAGCAAGUGUGGUAUCCAGCUAAAAUGCCCCAGAACCAACCAACCACUGAACCCCAGCAGCAGAAGGAACCGGCCACCAUGCCCCAGCAAGCAUGGUAUCCAGCUCAAAAGCCCCAGCUGCAGAAGGAACCGGCCGCUGAACCUCAGCAGCGGAAGCAACCGGCUGCUGAACCUCAGCAGCAGAAGGAACCGGCUGCUGAACCCCAGCAGCAGAAGGAACCGGCCACCAUGCCCCAGCAAGCAUGGUAUCCAGCUCAAAAGCCCCAGCUGCAGAAGGAACCGGCCGCUGAACCUCAGCAGCGGAAGCAACCGGCCGCUGAACCUCAGCAGCAGAAGGAACCGGCCACCAUGCCCCAGCUACCUCAGCAAGUGUGGCACCCAAUGCACAUUCCCCAGCAUCAACAGGAACUGGCCACCAUACCCCAGCAAGUGAGGUAUCCAGCUCAAAUGCCCCAGAAGCAUCUGGCCUUCAUGCCUCUACCACAGAAGCAACCAACCGCCAUGCCCCAGCAAGAGUGGCAUCCAGCUCAAAUGCCCCAGCAGCAGAAACUGGCCACCAUGCUGCAGAAGCAACCAGCCCCAAUGCCUCAACCGCAGAAGCAACAGGCCACCAUGCCCCCGCAAGUAUGGCAUCCAGCUCAAAUGCCUCAGCAGCAAAAGCAACCAGCUACUGAACCUCAGCAGCAAAUUGAACCGACCGCCAUGCCCCAGCCACCUCAGCAAUUGUGGCAUCCAGAUCAAUUUCUCCAGGAGCAGAAGCAACCAUUCACUAUGCAUCUACCGCAGAAGGAACUGACCGCCAAUCCACCACAACUGUGGCAAUCCGCUCAAAUGCCCCAGCAGCAUAAGCAGCCGGCUGCCAUGAUUCAGCAAGUGUGGCAUCGGGCACAGAAGCAACCGGCCCCUAUGCCCCAACAGCCUCACGACGUGUGGUAUCCAGCUAAAAUGGUCCAGAAGCAAGUCGCUGCGGUGACCGCCAUGCCGCAUACGCAUCAGCAAGUAUGGCAUCCAGCUGAAUUUCCCCAGCAGCAGAAGCAACCGGCCUCCACGCCUCUACCGCAGGAGCAACCGACCGCCGUACCCCAGCAAGUGUGGUAUCCAGCUCAAAUGUCACGGCAGCAACUGACCUCCAUGCCUCUACCGCAGAAGCGACUGACCGACGUGCCUCAGCAAGAGUGGCAACCAGCUCAAAUACCGCAGAAGCAACCGGCUGCUGAACCGCAGCAGAACGAACCGGCCACCAUACCCCAGCAAGUGGGGUAUCCAGCUCAAAUGUCCCAGCAGCGGAAGCAACACACUGCCAUGCCACAGCACCAACUGACCCCCAUGCCUCAGCAAUUAUGGCAUGUAGCUCAAAUGCCCCAGAAGCAACUGGCCCCAAUGUCUCAGCAGAAUCACUACGAAACCACUGAAGAUGGUGAACAGACAGGUGUCAUCCCAAUCUAUUCCUACAGUUCCAAAUCGCACUACGAGAAUGGCAGGACUGUAUUCUCCCUAACCCGCUACACUCCUAGGGAGGCUAUGCUUGUUCACAUUGGAAAUGCUCCCAAGGACAGUUUUGUUCGUACUGGUGCACCAAGCGUAUAUCCAUCACUAGUGAAAGAUUCUGCAAGGUAAUGGUUCACUUUAACCUGCUCUGAACUUUGCUCUCUGAAUUUGAAGUCCUUUGUACUAACCAUAUCUUUCAACAAGAAAAUGUAAUGGAUUCAUCCUCUAGAAGCUAAUGGUGAGAAUUGUUUUUGACAUUGGUUACUUAACAUUCUGUGUUGCUGACACUGCAUUUCUUUCUGCUUUUGUUUCGACCAGGAAGUGUCUGGUGCUCUUGCUACUCUAGCGUGAGGGAGUACAUGAACAGUUCUUCUUUAAAAAAAUGCCCUGUCUCUGUGAAAUAGUGGUUCUUGUGUCCAUUGCUUGCUAAUUGAGAACAGGUGGUGUGCAGUCUGUAGUAAAAAUGACUGCUCAGUUAAUUCUUUGGUUUUCUAGUCUUUUACCUUUGCUACUGGUUGUUCAAAAUAAAAGCUUGGGUCUACAUUUGUCAA